UCAUGGAAAAUUGAAAUUAGAAUUUGUGCAAUUCCUGUUAAUAUGAACCGAGGAAGUGAUUAGUCAACCGAUGUCAAGAUGAAGCCAAGUGAUUGGUCUAAAGCGCGCGAAAUGGUUGUUAAAGUAAGCGAUCUGCCCGAAGGAGUCACAAGAUGCUUCACCAAAGAUGGCCGAGUGUUCUACUCAUAUGAGAGAGAUCGAUACACUUCGUGGAUACACCCUGUCACAAGACAGCCAAUGGGGACGGGUUUCUUCCCUAGAAGAGAUCUUCCAAAUGGUUGGGAACAAGCAAUAACCAAAGAAGGUGCAAUAUAUUUUAUCGAUCACAUCAACAGAACAACUACGUUCAAUCAUCCAACUUCGCGACUGCCAGCCGCUGACACUUCUAUAUUUAAGCUCAUUUCUAACCCUAAUCCGAAUAAACCACCUCAAAGGCCAGAUCAGAACGGAGUCAGUCACAACAGCUACCAACAGUAUCAACUAUCCCCCAGAGUUGACAGACGCGAUCCACAGCAACCGAGAUACUCAAACAAUCCAGAUUUUCAUGAUCGGCAGUCAGCAGAUCAACGAAGAGAAGAUAUCGAAGCUUAUCCCCCGAGACAAGCUCAUCAGAACAGCUUUCCCUCAGAUCGCAACAUCAGCAGAUCAAGACCUGAUAAUCUACCUGUUGAUAGCAGCUACAAUUCUGAUAAGUCUCGCAGUUUCCAGGAUUCUGGACACCUUGAGUCGACUCGUGGUCCUCCAGAGAGUCGACAUUCAGUAGCCUUAAACCCUUCGUUUGACGAGACACGACGCGCUGAUCAGGAAAGAUUUCCAGACCCCCGUCGAGCGCAAUCACAAUUUGACCUGUCACAAGGCUACGACAACCGGGAUCCUGAUUUCGACACAUCACAUCAAAGAGACAGAAGCUAUUCUGUGGAAAGAGAUUUCGAACUGAGUGGUUCGAAGUACAAGGGCAUCUCAUUGCAGGAUUUGCGGCUAGCUGGAAGAACCCAAUCCGUGGAAACGUUGUUGAGACAGCAAGAACCGAAUGUGGGCAGGGAACUGAAUCAUCCUGCUGCUACAAGACAUAAUUACCGCAGUGAAUACGAUUUGAGUGAAUUGAAUCGUCCCAGGGAAAUGAACGUGAGUGAUUUUGGAAACUACGAUCCGGUGUCUGGACUGCCAAUUGUUAGCAACCCUGGUGGGAAAGUGCUCCAGGGCUGGCUGUUGCGAGAUGAGCGCAGAGGUAUCAGGAACAUUAAGUCGAACUGGAACGAGAGAUGGUGUUUCAUUUCGGGCAAGCAAUUGGUCGUUUGCAAAUCUGCCGACAAAAAUGCACGAAGAGCUGUGUUUGAAUUAAUCGGUUAUCUGGUCACUCCAACGCCGAAGAGUGAUGCAUACGAGAGAUUUUCUUUCAAGCUGGAGAAAGAUUCGGAGAAGACGCUUUACUUUGCAGCCCAAUCACAAGAGGCCCGAUCACGCUGGGUCUAUGCGCUGCGAAUGGCAGCACAGCCUUUAGCAGAUCCCAAGCCAUUCGUGCUGCAGCAACAUCAUUUUCAAAACAGACCUUAUUACAACAAAGAGAACAGAUCGCCAAUGGAAGACCCGAUCAGAUUAUCCGAAGCGAAAGUCGUUCCCCUUCAUUUAUCGCCUUCAGAGCAAGUGGGCGACCCCAUGCACUCUGAGCCGAUUGUAACAGCUGAGUCUGAACCGCAGAUCGAGAGGGGCAUGGACGAACGGGGCAGGCAAAUCGAAAGAACUGUCCUCUACAGGGAAUACAUUGAUCCCCUAGAAAAAACAAGAGAAUCUGUGAAACGAGAUAGAGCGAACAGCCAGCCGAGAAACAGAACAGAUCACUCGAGUUAUGCGAGUGAGCACGAGAACACAAUUCGGCGAAACAACGAGCCCCCCUCGCGAGUGCCUCUCACUUCAAUGAUUAGCAGUCCGAACGAGGAACAUGCAGGAAGUAGUCGGCCCUCUCCAAAGAGAUCCAGGAGUUCGUCUAAGAAGAACAGACGUGGCGGUGGGAAUGUUUUGCAGCCGAAAGACCAGGCGUUUUUACCGGGCACCGAAGAAGAGAGGUUGCAGGAGGAACGAGACUUGCACGUGUACAGAAAGUUACAGCUGGAUCGUACUUUCUCACGGGAGGAAUACUACAGAAGAGGUCAAGGGGAGCCAAAUUCGCCGCCGGGUGACGGGAGGAGGGAUUCGAUGACGUCACUCAGUGAUCCUCGCCAGGUGCAGGAGGACGAAUUGAUUGCUGCUCCAAGUGAGGAGGAGGUUGUGCAAGCUGCUCCGCCGGAACCGGAAGUACCUGCUAUUAGUCGAGACCGAAUUGUGGACGAGUUGGUUCUCUUUUUGACGGAUGUCAGAAACGACUACGCUAUUCUGGAGAGCAGGCGCAAUGAAAAGAUCGGCGAGUUAAGGAAACAGCGAUUUGAAAUAGUUUCGCCUGAUGAUUUGCAGCAUAGUCAAACUGGAAAUAACCGUGUGAUCGUGCCGAUCAGCGACGAAGUUGAAGUGAAAAUGACACAAGGAGAUGUUGCCGGCUCUAAAGAAGCGUUUCAAAAACUCAUUAUAAUGAGCAAAGAAGUGGUGGAAUCUUCAAAUGGUGCCGUGAAUAGUCUUGAAAAUGAGCAGGACGCAAAGUUCAAAAAUGGAUUGAAGGAGUUGCUGAUGAUAGACAGCGAGUGUCAAAGCAGAUGCUUUUCGGCAAUUGAUUCCAAGACCCUUUUCGAUGUGGCGCCUUUCAAAGAAGACUCCUCGAAGUGCAUGGAAGAAUUGGAAAAAGCAAUUAGCGAUGUCUUCAAACUGAGACAACAGGAUACUUCGGGGUAUCUCGCAGAUCCCAUUGACGUCGAAAUCCUGUUUGAUCGAAUCAGGGUGCAACGGCAAAGAUUGCUGCUGGAUAUCAAGGCUUUUCUCGGGGCGUUGCAAGAUUGGCUGGAGAAGCGAAAGAGCCCAGAGUUUAUUCAGCCACUGUCUGACCUGAAUGUUCAAGAAGGCGAGCAGAUUGAGUUUAUCUGCAAAUUGGACACCUCGGCUAAAAACGCCCUAAACGAAGAGAUCAUAUCAGUUGAGUGGCAGGUAAACAAUUUGAAGAUCAUCGAUGGUCCCCAGAACAGAGUUCUAAGAGAACUAGAUGGAACAAAUAGACUGAUUGUUCCGGACGCUCGAAUUGAUGACUCGGGAAUAUUCCAUUGCAUAGCAAAGAACAAUGUCACUCAGGAUUCUACGGUGACCUCGUGCAAACUGGUCGUGUUUCCGAUUCAGCCAGAUGGAGAGCCUCCAAUUAUCUUGGCUGAGCUUGACAACCAGACAGUCACUUCUGGAUCGCAACUGAGACUAAAGUGCAACAUAUCUGGGGAUCCGGAACCAGUCGUCCGGUGGUACCUGGAGAAUCGCCAGUUGAUCAGUGGGAAAGAGUGUCGCAUUGUACAGGGAAGUGGCUACUGUGAGCUUAUAGUCGACUCAGUGCAUAAAGAGCAAGAAGGAAGAUUGGCUGUCGAAGCCGAAAAUGAAUUCGGCAAAGCACAUUCCGUGUGUUUUUUGACAGUCCAAGAACCGAGACCCGCUAAGCAGCUUGAUCAGAGUCAAGCUCGGUUUGACGGAAGAGGAAGCAACCGAAGCAGUCGUUACAACCUUCACGAAUACGAAGAGACGGUUGAUGUGUAUCAGAACUCGUCUAAAUUCAAACAGACGAACGUGCAGCAAAACAAUUUUGUGGCAUACCAGGGGGCGAGGCGAAACAUAGCCGAAACUGAUCUGGACGCUCAAAGUGGAAUUAAUCCAAAGAAAGUGAUGCCUAAACCUGCAGUGGUUGAAGAGGAUAUUGAAGUUAUUCAAAGAGACAAACCGACGGAAUCGGCGCCGCUGGAGCAACAAUUGUACGACACUCCUGAGAGGGAAAGUCAGAAGCAAUCUCCGCGGCCCAUUGUCGUAGCUCCUCGAAUUGUGAGCCAGCUGAGCCGAGUUGCAGUUGUGUCUGGCGAUGAAAUUGAAAUGAGAUGCACAAUUGAAGGCCAUCCGCCUCCCCUGGUUAAGUGGUACAAGGACUCGAAACUGUUGAGACCGGGUGGCCGGGUCAAAAUAUCCGAGAUUGGACCCGAGAAAGUUCUGACAAUUGAGGAUGUGGAUGAAAACGAUCAGGGGAUGUACACGUGCACCGCGGAGAACGAAAAAGGAGUGACGAAGACCACUGCAAAUCUACAAGCGUUCCAAGCUCCGAGACCGGAACCGCCGAGGAACUACAUUGGGGCAUCAAAGCAGGAUCAUAACAGCACCCGCGAGUCAGCCAUUGAAGGUGCAGCUAAUAGUGGAAUCAUGUCAAGCUUCAACACAACCACCACUACUACUCAGCACAGAUACGACACUCUGGCGAGUGAAUUGUCUUCUCAGAAACAUUACAUAGUUCACCAGACAUACGAGCCACAUAAUCAUUUUUCGUCACACAUGGAUCCACCCUUUGUUGUUGAUCAGCUUAGAAGCACAGUCGUUGAUGAAGGACAAACUGCGAGCUUCAGAGUGAGAGUUAUUGGUAGGCCUCAGCCGAAGAUUGUGUGGAUGAAAGAUGAGCGCCCGAUUGAUUUCUCAAAAGAUGGACGCAUCACGCAAGAGAUGCACGGGGACGUGUACAAGUUGAUCAUAAAAGGUGUGAAGAGUACUCACAGAGGGAUCUACGCGAUCAGUGCUGAGAAUGAUUUCGGGAAGGCGUUGAAUUCGGCCGAUCUAGAUAUCACAUCGUGUAGAGCUGUUUCAAAUCCAGGGGCUCCGCGGCUGUCGUCUGGCCUGGCUGACACUGAAUUAGUAGUUGGUCAGACUGUGGUCCUUAAGUGUGUCAUUGAGGGCAAUCCUACUCCACGAGUAAAUUGGUUCAAGGACAACCUGAUGAUCAUGGUCACACCCAGACACAAGAUACAGCAUAAAGGAAGCGAGUUCAGUCUGAUGAUUGAGCAGUUCUCCUCGGUGGACGUUGGAGUGUACAAGUGUCAGGCAUCUAACCAGCACGGCCAAGUCACCUCAUCCGCCUCAGUUGGAUUGGCCAGAGACUCGGGCGACAAGCGAUAUCUGCUCACGCCUGUGUAUUCUGUUUUUCCAGCUCCGAGACCGGAACCGCCGAGGAACUACAUUGGGGCAUCAAAGCAGGAUCAUAACAGCACCCGCGAGUCAGCCAUUGAAGGUGCAGCUAAUAGUGGAAUCAUGUCAAGCUUCAACACAACCACCACUACUACUCAGCACAGAUACGACACUCUGGCGAGUGAAUUGUCUUCUCAGAAACAUUACAUAGUUCACCAGACAUACGAGCCACAUAAUCAUUUUUCGUCACACAUGGAUCCACCCUUUGUUGUUGAUCAGCUUAGAAGCACAGUCGUUGAUGAAGGACAAACUGCGAGCUUCAGAGUGAGAGUUAUUGGUAGGCCUCAGCCGAAGAUUGUGUGGAUGAAAGAUGAGCGCCCGAUUGAUUUCUCAAAAGAUGGACGCAUCACGCAAGAGAUGCACGGGGACGUGUACAAGUUGAUCAUAAAAGGUGUGAAGAGUACUCACAGAGGGAUCUACGCGAUCAGUGCUGAGAAUGAUUUCGGGAAGGCGUUGAAUUCGGCCGAUCUAGAUAUCACAUCGUGUAGAGCUGUUUCAAAUCCAGGGGCUCCGCGGCUGUCGUCUGGCCUGGCUGACACUGAAUUAGUAGUUGGUCAGACUGUGGUCCUUAAGUGUGUCAUUGAGGGCAAUCCUACUCCACGAGUAAAUUGGUUCAAGGACAACCUGAUGAUCAUGGUCACACCCAGACACAAGAUACAGCAUAAAGGAAGCGAGUUCAGUCUGAUGAUUGAGCAGUUCUCCUCGGUGGACGUUGGAGUGUACAAGUGUCAGGCAUCUAACCAGCACGGCCAAGUCACCUCAUCCGCCUCAGUUGGAUUGGCCAGAGACUCGGGCGACAAGCGAUAUCUGCUCACGCCUGCUCCGAGACCGGAACCGCCGAGGAACUACAUUGGGGCAUCAAAGCAGGAUCAUAACAGCACCCGCGAGUCAGCCAUUGAAGGUGCAGCUAAUAGUGGAAUCAUGUCAAGCUUCAACACAACCACCACUACUACUCAGCACAGAUACGACACUCUGGCGAGUGAAUUGUCUUCUCAGAAACAUUACAUAGUUCACCAGACAUACGAGCCACAUAAUCAUUUUUCGUCACACAUGGAUCCACCCUUUGUUGUUGAUCAGCUUAGAAGCACAGUCGUUGAUGAAGGACAAACUGCGAGCUUCAGAGUGAGAGUUAUUGGUAGGCCUCAGCCGAAGAUUGUGUGGAUGAAAGAUGAGCGCCCGAUUGAUUUCUCAAAAGAUGGACGCAUCACGCAAGAGAUGCACGGGGACGUGUACAAGUUGAUCAUAAAAGGUGUGAAGAGUACUCACAGAGGGAUCUACGCGAUCAGUGCUGAGAAUGAUUUCGGGAAGGCGUUGAAUUCGGCCGAUCUAGAUAUCACAUCGUGUAGAGCUGUUUCAAAUCCAGGGGCUCCGCGGCUGUCGUCUGGCCUGGCUGACACUGAAUUAGUAGUUGGUCAGACUGUGGUCCUUAAGUGUGUCAUUGAGGGCAAUCCUACUCCACGAGUAAAUUGGUUCAAGGACAACCUGAUGAUCAUGGUCACACCCAGACACAAGAUACAGCAUAAAGGAAGCGAGUUCAGUCUGAUGAUUGAGCAGUUCUCCUCGGUGGACGUUGGAGUGUACAAGUGUCAGGCAUCUAACCAGCACGGCCAAGUCACCUCAUCCGCCUCAGUUGGAUUGGCCAGAGACUCGGGCGACAAGCGAUAUCUGCUCACGCCUGGUUAG